UAUAUACCACAAGAAGGUGAUAAGGUAUUAGGAAUUAUCAGAGCUGCACGAGGUGAUAUCAUUAAAGUGGAUAUUGGUGCAUCGGAUAUUGCCACCAUCAGUUAUUUGAACUUCGAAGGUGCAACCAAACGAAAUCGACCUGCUUUGAAACCGGGUGAUCUUAUUUAUGCAACAGUCUCUCUUGCGAUGAAACACCUUGAAGCAAAUUUGACUUGUGUAGAUAACGAUGGUCGAUCCCAAGGAAUGGGCAUUCUACCCGCCGGUGGCUUCGUUUUUAAGACGAGUUUGAAUUUAGCAAGAAGGCUGCUAUCACCAUCUUCACAAUUACUCAAAGUAAUCGGUCGAGAAAUUAAAUUCGAGAUCACUUGUGGCUUAAAUGGACGGAUAUGGAUUAAAGCAUCGAAGUCGAACGAAGUAUCGUCCAUUUAUCGAAUGAUUAUCUCGUCGCAGUACGUUCCUGAACAUAAAAUUCCUGAAUUCGUUGAUGAACAGAUAGGUAUUCUGAAAGGAAUCAGAUGA